AUGGAAUCUGAAAGGCAGGUUCACCCUCUGCGCAUCAACAAGUCAUCGUCACCCGUCAAGAUGGCAAGCGCAGUGCCUCGUCCAUUGUCGGAGCUGUCUCCCAUGGAGAAGCGUCGCAACUCGCCUAGCUGGCACCAGCCCAACAACACGUCCCCAAAGAAAGCAGCACUCAAUAGCGAUUCAUCACCAUUCCAGUCCUCGCCUCUCGAGACGGCCACGUCCCCUCGCCUGUUUUGGCAGAACCAGAACAGCGAAAACAUGUACUUUGGAACUCGCACAGGAUCACCGUCACCAACUCGACGAUCCUCCAUUGAGCGCCUCCAAAGGGCCUCGAGGGUCAAGAACAGCAACAUCCUUGCACUUGAACAGAAGCAAGAAUAUGAUCCUACCCGCCUGCCACAGAUUGAGAGACCCCUUUCCAAGGUGCAAGGGACCUCAUUUCGCACAUCCACGUCGAGCGGCGUGCAGUCUCCCGACCCUUUCGAAUUUGACCGAAGCACCUCCAGCACCACAGUCAUGAGCCCAGGCAGGGAGCAAGCAUCCCCCACAAAAUCGUCUCUCUCGCCAUCCAAGUUCAAGAGCAGCUUCGAUCGCGAGUUUGACGAAGGUGCCUCCAUGACCGACAUCGAUCUGCCCGGCAGCCGCUCGCUGCACCGACACACAAAGAGCGUGACUUUUGACGCCGCCCCGCCCCAGAUCAAUGAGUACGAAAUGGCAACGCCAGAUCUGUCAUCCAUUGGAACAAAUUCAAGGGAAGGGAGCUACGAGUCGAUGGGCGAUGAGUACGACGACGACGUGCUCUACAACCCGACCCACAUGGACCAUCAUGAGGAUAGCUUCGAUGCUUCCCUCGAGGACACCGACAAGACACCUGUGGUCGGACCGGAUGACUGGCGCGGCGAUAGCCCGAUGGUCCAAGGAAGACCCCCAUUUCAGUGGGAAGGAAGCCCUAUGCCUGACGCUGCUCCGUCGCUACCCGAGCUGGAUCGUCCCCAGUCUAAGCGCUCUGACUCUGCCAACUCUGAGCACCGUCCUCUGCCUCCGCUCCCGGGUGCUGGUCAUACCAGGAGCCAAUCCGCGGGAUCUGCUCCAGACUCGCCUGCUUUGUCUGCCACUGCGGAGAGGAUGCUUGGUGCGCAUAGAAGUCUGCCAACACCACCUGCGGCUUUGGCCAGCAAAUCGGAUAUCCAGAACAUUGGCAAUGGCAAAAUGACGCUUGAAGAGCGCUUGAAGCUCAUGAUGCUGUCUGAUGAUAGCGGCGCCAAGUCUGCCGCUGAACAACAACGGGAACGCCGCCUCAGGCGAGCAAACGGCCGCGAUAGGUUCGGCAGCCCACUUUCAGAUUCCACGAUUGACAUCCACGAGGAUCAUGAGGCGGACGACACUAUUGGAGAGAUUUCGCUCCUUGAAGAUUACGAGAUGCCGUCGCGCAUCUCGCGCGAGUCCAUCAUGCGCCGCGUCAAUGGCAACAAGGCUUUCGACCGGGAGUCUGAUUACAAUUUCUCGUCGCCAGCUCCAGGUUCGAGCCCACAGCGCAGCCCAACCCGCAGCCCUGAGAGACAGUUGCCUCACGACCCAGACGUCCCUAUCCCGUCCACUGAAGACUCCAUGCUGGAUGAUAUUGACGAGGAAGAGGAGAGCAGCGUCAUCAUCCAUCGACCUGCUGCGGAUGAGUAUGACGAUGACUCGGAAAUGUUCGAGUCAUCGAUGGCGUCGGAGCUCGAGACGCCAGAGCCUGACGCCCACCAGGACAAUGACUAUGAAAGCAAUUACUCGGAUCAGAAUGAUCCAGUUGUGCAGGAGGUUGAAGCCAAGCAGCCCGAGCGAGAGGAGGUCACCACACCAAGAGCGACGACUUCCAUGCAAGCCACGGUCUUCGGUUCCACAAUCCCUGACCUCGGUCCUGACACAAGCCAUGCGGCGUUCUCUCGGGACUUUGAGUCGUACAUGAUCUCUGAGCCCGAAAAGACUGAGCCCACAGAAGAGAAGAAGCCAGAGGCCCAGGUUGAGAUCGUGGAAGCGGAAAAGACUGAAACAGAAGAAGUCCGCCCCAGGACACCCGACCGCCGUCUGUCGAAGCCAGAGUACGACGGCAGCGGCUGGGGUGAACCUGAGAGCGACGGAGAGCCUGCCACGCCCGAGUCCGUGAUUCACCGCCCUGUGACUGACGAGGAGGAGGAAGUGCCACCUCCCCCUGAAGAGCCCAAAGAGUCUGUUUCUAUUCCCGAGCGUGUGGCCACCGUCAAAGCGUCUGGCUCAAAGCUCAAGACACGCGUCUCAAACACACCCUCAGACUUGGCAGCUAUGCGAGAGGCCCGGCGACAAGUUAGUCACGAAAUCCCAGGUGUCCCUCCCAUCCCGGCAAAGCACCAAAGCAGGCUAUCCCGCGACGCACCUGCGGAGGUGCCAGAGACGCAAGGCGAUGGCUACCUUGACCGCCACCCAAGCUUCAAGAACCGAAGCUUGACACUUGAUCUUGACCUCGGACUCAGCCUCGACCAAGACUUUGAGCGGCGAGGGUAUCUCAUGCGCCAGAACACCAAAUUGGUGACGGCCACUGACAAGGAUGGAGAUGACGCACGCCUAGCCCGUUCAGUUGGCAAUUCGCCGGUUAAAGAGCAGCGCCCUCAAUCUUGGGUCGUCGAACCUUGGAAUGGCAAGCGUAAGAGCAGCGCUCGUGUGCGUCCUAGCGUCCCUACCGGUCCCGUGCCACCCAUGCCAGGCCAGCAAAGCAAUGCUACAGGUCUGGAUCAGGUCAAUGAGGAGGAGCAGGCCGAAGCUGCCGCUCCCGAGACUGGGGAAAGGGGCCGUCUCUUCGUCAAGGUCAUGGGCGUGAAGGAUCUGGACCUUCCCAUUCCGAAGAACGAGAGAAGCUGGUUUAGUCUGACCCUCGACAACGGCGUCCACUGUGUCACCACUGCAUGGCUGGAGCUUGCUCGCAAUGCCCCUAUUGGCCAAGAGUUUGAACUUGUCGUUCCCAACGACCUCGAGUUCCAGCUCACCCUCAACGUCAAACUCGACAAGCCUGCGCCCAUCAAGCUCGACAACCCCAGCGUCAAGACGGCCAAGCCCAAGACAUCGACAUUCAGUCGCGUCUUCGCGUCCCCCAAGAAGCGCAAGGAGAUGGAGAUUCGCCAGCGUGAGGAGGAAGAGCGCAACGCACGGCAGUAUCGUGACUCGCAAGCCCGCCAGCGCAACGCAGUUCCCACUGCUUACGAGCUUCUCUCUCCCUUGGCCGCUGAGGAUGGCAGCUUUGGUCGCUCCUAUGUCUGCCUUAAGGAUCACGAGAGCCGCUGCUUUGGCCGUCCAUACAUGGCGGAAGUCGCCUGCUUCAACGAGUGGGCGGUCGAGGAGGCUAGCUUUGCCUCAAGCGUCAAGAGCAAGCGCGGAAACGCAACGGUGGUGCGUCGCGCGCCUUACCCCAUUGGCAAGCUUGAGCUCCAGCUGCUCUUUGUUCCCCGACCCAAGAACACCACAGAGGAAGACAUGCCGAAGAGCAUGAACUCGUGCAUUCGCGAACUCAAGGCCACUGAGGAGAGGUUGUCCCGCAGCUGGGAGGGCCCGUUGAGUCAACAAGGCGGAGACUGCCCCUACUGGCGCCGUCGUUAUUUCAAGCUUGUGGGCACCAAACUGACAGCUUACCAUGAGACCACACGCCAGCCUCGAGCGAGCAUCAAUCUCUCGAAUGCGAAGCGCCUCAUUGACGACCGUCGCGCUCUGACGGAAAAGGACACGCUCGUGAAGGGUGGGAAGCGUCGCCGAUCCGCAUUUGCCGAGGAAGAAGAAGGCUACAUGUUUGUUGAGGAGGGUUUCCGCAUCCGCUUCAACAACGGCGAGGUCAUUGACUUCUACGCCGAUACGUCAGAAGACAAGGAAGGCUGGAUGAAGGUCCUCUCCGACGUCAUUGGCCGGGAUGACGGUGCCGCCGAGGACGAGACAAACGGCCCCAGGUCUCGGGCCAAAUGGUGCGAGCUCGUCCUCAAGCGGGAAGAGCAGCUGCGACGCCACGUCUUUGGCAAAUCGACGCGCAAGGACUCCUGCUACGACAACCUGCGCAUCAGCCGAAAUGCCUGGGACACCAAUUUGGUCAAGGUCAACCCCGAGUACCUCUCCGUCAAUUGGGACGCCUCUGGUGGCGGCGCUUUUGCAGUCAUACCACUGAGCGAGCGCGGCAAGCUCCCCGACCAGAUCCCCUUGUUCCGUGGGCAUACCGCCGUCGUCCUCGACACCGACUGGAACCCCUUCAACGAUCGGAUCGUGGCCUCUGCUUCGGAAGAUGGCAAGGUCUUUAUCUGGGAAGUGCCGCAGGACUUUACGUUAUAUACAGAUGCGGAGGAAAUCACGGAUGUGUCCCCCGUCAGCAAGCUUGCCGGUCACUCGAGGAAAGUCGGACAGGUCCUGUUCAACCCCGCCGCCGAGAACAUUUUGGCCUCCGCGUCCGGCGAUUUCAACAUCAAGAUCUGGGACAUUGCCACUGGUCAAACACCUCUGGCCCUUAAGCAUACCGAUAUUGUGCAGAGCUUGACAUGGAACGCCAGCGGUAACCUCCUGGCUACGACCUCGCGUGACAAGAAGCUCCGCGUGUGGGACGUCCGUCAGGAGAAGCCGAUCCACGAGGCGCCCGGCCAUGCCGGCGCCAAGAACAGCAGGGCUGUCUGGAUGGGCGAGCACAACCGUUUCGCAACCACAGGUUUCUCGCGAAUGAGCGAGAGACAGAUCGCGCUGUGGGAGCCUGGCAGGGCUGAGCCCAUCGGUGGAUUCACAAUGGUUGACUCCAUCUCAGGCGUCUGCAUGCCGUUCUGGGAUGAUGGGUCCAACUGUCUUUACCUUGCCGGCAAAGGUGACGGCAACAUUCGAUACUACGAAUAUGAGAACGACAAGUUUGAGUACUUGAGCGAGUAUAAGUCUCUAGAGCCUCAGCGCGGUCUGGCUUUUAUGCCUCGCCGUGGCAUCAACGUCCACGAGAACGAGGUCAUGAAGGCUUACAAGACCGUCAACGACGCCUACAUUGAGCCCAUAUCCUUCACCGUGCCCCGCCGAGCCGAGACUUUCCAGGCCGACAUCUUCCCUCCCGCCCUCGGCAACAAGCCUGCCAUGUCGGCCCAGGAAUGGCUCGAUGGCAAGACCGAUGUCCCUGCCAAGAUCGACCUGGAGAGCGUGUACGAGGGUGUCGCACCCAAGGAAGUGGCGUCUGACUUCAAGGCGCCGACCAAGGUCGAGUCAGUGCCCGUGUCGAAGCCUGCGCCAAAGCCUGAGCAGCCCAAGCAGGAGGUGCCGCCGCCCGCUGCCGCAGCGCGUUCGCCCCCGCCUACCAUGAAGGAGCAGAAGGGCUCCAUUGCUGCGAUGGCCAACAAGUUUGCCGACAACGAGCCUGAGGAGGAGGAAGAGGACGCCGACUCUAGCUUUGAGGAGAUCUCCAAGCCUACUCGUGCUCCGACCCAGCCCACGCCAAAGGCUGAGCCUAAACCUGCUGUGGCUCCAGCUCCGGCCAAGGUACAAACUAGCGCGCCGGCUCCCGCGCCCGCGCCCGUCAAGGCUUCGUCGCCCCUCAGAUCACCCGUGCAGGCCACCACGGCUUCUUCCUCGGCGCCGACCUCUACCAAUGGCACCGAGACCUCCCUGGAUCAGAUCAAGCAGCUCAUCGAAAGCCAGACCAAGUUGAUCAACUCGCAGAACGAUACCAUCAGCAAGCUCUCGCAGGAGGUUCAGAACCUCAAAAUGGCGGUGGGUUCCGCUGGUUCCUCGGGAUCACAGGACCAGAGUGAGAGGAUUCGGCAGCUAGAGCUCGAGCUCGAGGAGGCGCGCUCCUGA